AUGCUGACCCUGCCAGCGUCGACCAUCACAGUCAACACAAAGGCGCCUGCCAAUUUCCCUCCUCCAAAGACGGACAAGCCUCGUCCGCACGUCUGCGGAACCUGCCAGCGCUCGUUUGCCAGAUUGGAACAUCUGAAGCGACACGAGCGCUCCCACACAAAGGAGAAGCCCUUCGAGUGCCCCGAGUGCGCUCGAUGCUUUGCCCGCCGUGACCUGCUUUUGCGUCACCAGCAGAAGCUGCACCAGACCUCGACCCCGUCCUCCCGUCCUCGCAAUCGCCGCGAGUCCACCACCGGCGUCGCUCCUGGCCAGAGCCGCGCCCGCAAGAACAGCGUCGCAGGUCCCAAUCCCACCGCCCCCAAUGCCGCGGCCAACUCGAUGCGGCCUCGUGCCAACACCAUCAGCCAUGUUGAUGGAACUGCCAUGCAGAUGAUGGCAGCCGCCAAUGCCUCGGUCGCCCGCGGCGUUCCUCUCACCCACACGCACAGCAGACACCCCAGCCUCGCGGGCUUGCCAAUUCACAACAUGGACCACAUCUUUGGUGGCAUGUCGGCCGCCAUGGGCCAGCGCACCAUGCAGCCAGGCAUUCCCAAGCUUGAGACGGGAGCCCUCGGUAACCUCGAUUUUGUUAACGGUCUCAGGACGGCGCCCCCGAUGUCCGCCUACAGCGCUGAAUUCGACUUUGACCGUCUGCUCUUUGGCGGCACGGGCACCACAAUAAACCCGAACGCUCUGCACUACAGCGAGUCGCCGCAGUCGAUGGUCUUGGAACAGGCCUCGCCAUUCGGGCAGCCCAUGGGCGAGAUGCCCACGAGUCAAACUCUGGACGAUAAUUUUGACUGGUUGACUGGUUUCGAACAUCAGAUGUCUUUUAACACAAACGAGAACGUGGUUGACGGAUCUAGUCCGUCCGCAAUCAGCACGACGAGUCAGAGCGGGAUUAGCGAUGUGAUGUUGGAUGGGUCGAAUCACCCGGCGCCGGCUGGGACAAGUACCAUGUGGCAACCCUCCGUGAUGGGACCUCCACAGAUGCCGAACCCUUUUGCGAUGGAUCUUAAUGGGUCAGUCUUCCCGGAUCUCCUGAAUGGGGCCCCGUUAUCACCUCAGCCAGCUACUCAAAAGAUCAAUGACCCUUACUUCUCUACGCCUCCACCCUCGCUGAGCUCGUUGAGCCCAUCUGUCGUAUCGGGGCUCAACACUCAGAACAUUAACCAGACCUUUGGCUUCAACGCGGGCCCGGAGACGCCUUCAUCUCUUCAUGGUGGCAACAACGGUGCCUCGCCAGUGACCACCAUCACAGAUGCCACCCGGAAUGCCAUCGUGAACAUCCUGUCCCAGUGCCUGCCCUUUGGUGGUCGUAAAUAUUCCUUUACUUCUCAGGGCUCACCUCAGUCGCCACUCUCCCAGUCUGCCGGUACUGCCGCCGCCCCUCAAGCAGCCAGUUUGCCCAGUACCCAGGACCUCCAGCGAUACGUUGGUGCUUAUCUUGCCUAUUUCCACCCCCAUCUGCCUUUUCUGCACGUUCCAACCUUGUCCUUCGACAUGCCCGUUUCCACAAAUAGUCGCCCCGGUGUAGGUGGUAGUGGUUGUCUGAUCCUGUCUAUGGCAGCCAUCGGUGCCCUGUACGAGAUGGAGCCUGCCCAGUCCAAAGAUUUGUUUGAGAUGGCCAAGAAGAUGAUCUUUUAUUAUCUGGAGGAGCGUCGAAAGGCCGAUGUGCGAAAAGCAGAUAUCCGACGCAGCUCGGCAGCUAACCAGGGCAACGACGGUGCAGUUCACACACCGGUGUGGCUUGUUCAGGCGAUGCUUCUGAACGUGGUCUAUGGUCACAACUGCGGCGACAAGACUGCGAGCGACAUUGCCUCGACGCACUGUACGGCGCUUGUGAGUCUGGCCCAGGCCGCCAAUCUUCUUCAGCCGGAUCGCACAAAUGGCCCAGAUGGUCAGGACGUGCAGAUGGCUGAAGACGGAAGCUGGAACAUGAAGGCCGAGUCGGACCAGGCCGAGUGGCUUCGUUGGAAGUCCGGCGAAGAGCGCAAGCGAACCCUGUAUGCCGUGUUUAUCCUCUCGAGCCUCUUGGUGUCCGCCUACAACCACACGCCGGCAUUGACAAACUCGGAAAUCUUCCUGGAUCUCCCAUGUGAUGAAGAGUUCUUUGCAGCCGAGUCGAGCGCCGCGUUCAUUGCCAGAGGUGGAGCAGAAGCAGCAAACCACAACCGCAUGAGCUUUCACGAGGCUCUGGGUGAGCUCCUACGCACCAAUGAGCGACAGCAGGCGCAAAUCCCUCUCAAUGGACAACAGCCAUUUGAGUCUGCGAUGGAAAGGAGAGAGCUCCCGACGACAGAUCUGAGACCCAGCACGUUUGGCUGCCUGGUUCUCAUCAAUGCGCUUCACAACUACAUCUGGGAAACAAGGCAGAGGCAUCACAAUAAGAUCUGGACGAAUGAAGAGACGGAAAAGAUGCAUCGCCACAUUGAGCCCGCGCUCAAGGCAUGGCAAGCAGCUUGGUCAAGCAACCCUCACAACAGUGUUGAGCGACCGAAUCCAUUUGGAAUGGGACCGCUCUCGGCCGAUGCCAUUCCACUGCUUGACCUUGCCUACAUCCGACUGUUUGUCAAUCUUUCACGAUCAAAGGAAAAGUUUUGGCAGCGGGACUGGGACGGCAUGGCCGAAGAGCUCUCUCGUGGUAAUGAGAUCAUCCAACAUGCUGAGCACUCACCCAUCUCAAACUCUGAAUCCGCCAGCACCGAGCCGUCCGACAACUCAAUGCAGGGCUCGGUAUUCCCCGAAACUCCAGCGACCCGAACAUCAUCGAUGGACCUUUCAAACAACCAGUUUUCCUCUGCUCAGCCUGGCUCAGCUGGUAUAACCAACCGUUCCACAUCUCGACGUGAGAAGCACCUUCGCAAGGCAGCCUUUUAUGCCGCAGACUCACUGGCCAUGUCGGAUAAGCUCGGCGUUACGUUCGCCGACUUUACGAGCCGUGAGCUCCCUCUCCAGUCAGCCCUGUGCGCGUUUGACUGUGCCCAGGUGCUUGCUGAAUGGAUUGCCACGUUGCAGGAUCGUGUCGGCCGCUACCUCGGGAUUCUUGGUCAGGAUCAGGUGAACCUUGGGCAGGUUCCUGCAAUUAUGCUCUUGGAAGAGGAAGAUGUCAAGCUGCUCGACAAGGUGCGAGAAGUCCUGGAUUCGGCAGAGAUGAAGAUGCGUCUGGAGCUCGCCAACGGCGUCAAUGGCCAAGAAGCCAAUCUAAACUUGGACGGGCAUAACGGGUAUGCUGCCAAACUCCUCCGCAUCACUGCCUUGAUGCUGGACAAGGCAGCAGUCUGGCCGGUGACACGGCUCAAGGCCCGAUGCCUGGAAGCGCACGCCAACCACAUGCGAGCUCGUGCCGAGAGGUCUAUUAUUCCCCAGAACGAUGGGCGAGCUAACUAA